AUGUUGAAUUUGAAUUUACAUUGGUGGCCGCUUCUAAUAAAUUUAGUGUUAAUUAUCAAUGGAAAAUUGGAAGAAAAACAUGUGGAUAAACACAAUGAACAGCAUCAUCAUUUUAAUGUUAGUGAUUUGAAUGACGAAAAGCAUAAAGCAUAUGAUGAUCACGAUGAUAUAUUCGGAGCGAAAAUGUAUAGAACGCUUUUUUCGGUGAAACGUCGUGAACAUUUAAAUGCAGUGAAAAGCUUAAUGGCUUUGGAUGAGAAGAAACGGGAGAAACUUCUUCUUGAACUAGUGCUUAACAUCAUUAAAGUCAUGGGUAAUGCAAAAAUUGUUAUUGAAAAAGCCAACUUCAACCCAAAUGACACAUUCCCUAGUGAAGAACAGAGCAGUUUGAGGGAUGCUAUUGGAAAUAUUGUCGAAAAUACAGCUUUUUACAGCAAUUUGGUACUGUAUUUUCCUACAGUACUGCUCGACAGAUAUAAAAAGGAUAUUGAUUGGCAAUUGCUCUUUGCUUGGGCUUAUAAAUUUACAAUAACGUCACGAUUGCAUGAUGACGUCGCGGAAAAAUUGUUGGAUUUGGCUGGACAACAGUUAGAAAUCAUUCCAAGGCGAGAUGAUUUCCACAAUCCGUAUGAUAGAAAAGCGAUAAAGGAAGAAUUGCAACUGGAAUCAUUACGGAAAAUGGAAGAAGCGAUAAGGAAAAAACAAGAACAAAAAAAAUUGGACCGCAAAAAAAAGAAAACGAAGAAACCAUCAUUAUCGAGGACUGAACUAUAA